AUUUCAUAAACAGCGCGACAGGAAAACAUUGCCAGCUUUACAUUGUAUUUUAAAGUGUGUAGUUGUUUAAAACGCAUAAAAGUUUGGGAACAGACACUGAAAACGUGCAUCAUGGAGGAGAACGCCCAGAAGCCAGAGGUGGAAGAGAACUCAUUUGAAGCAUUGGAGAAGGAGUUCCAGGAUGUGUUGAAUGAACUGGUGGGAGAGAAGAGUCUGGAGAAGUUCAGUGUGGAAUAUGAAAAGCUCAUCACAGCCCUGAAGAAAUCACACGAGAAUGAGAAGAGGCUGAUGACGAAAUGCCGAGAGCUGAAAGCAGAGAUAAGGUCCAACUCUGUCAAAGUGGAGACGGCUCUGAAGCUGUCUCAGGAAGACCAGACCACCAUUAUGUCACUAAAAAAGGAAAUCGAUAAGGCUUGGGAAAUGGUGGAUGCGGCUCAUGAAAAGGAGAAGAGGGCUAAAGACACAAUGAAGAAUCUACAGCAGGAAGUAGACAAUCUGACUGUACUUGUUGAGCAAGGAGCUGUUUUACCCUCAGCUGAAGUGCAGAGCGUGGACGAUCUACUCAAAAUCAAGGAGCAGUUGACGGCUGAGAGAGAUGAGCUGCUCUCAGAGCUGGUGACACUCCGAGACAAUUUCGAAAAGGCCACGACCAAGCAACAUGAGGCUGAGGAAGCGAACAUGAAGGCCCAAGAAACCAUUUUACAGCUGCAGCAGGACAUCCAGGUGCGUCUGAACGAGUGCUCGAGGGAGACGCGUCAGAAAGAGAAGCUGGAGAAGGAACUGAAACAGCUUCUUGCAGACUUUGAAGCCCAGCAGUUGGAGAUUAAAACACUAAACGCACAAUGCCAGCAUGGCGAUGAAGAGCAGCAGAGGAUGGAGCAGCAGCUCCAUGAGCAAAAGAUUCUUAACGAGAGAGUCUCUAAGGAGCUGGAGCAGCUGCAAGUGCGCAACACUAAGCUCCAGCAGGAGAAUGAACAGAACUUGCUCAGCAUAGAACAGCUCACCUACGAAAAUAACCAACGAGCCUCUGAACAGAAGAUUGAGAGAGAGGAGGUGAGUCAGAUGAAGCAGGAGAUUGCCAAGCUUACUAAGAUAAGGGAGGCCACUCAGAAGAAGCUACGUCUGAUCGAGGACCAGAAACUGGAGGUGGAACAGCAGAGAGACACACUGAAGAACCAGAUCACAGGCCUGGAAAAAGAAAUUGAGAUGGCACAAAAAAAGACAGAGAUUGACAAGAAGAAAAUAGACGAAUUGAUCCGGGAGAAAGAUAUGCUGAGUAAGAAUAUGAUCAAGGCGGCAAAUGCCACUGAGAAGCAGUUAAACUUGGUGAAGCUGCAUGAGCAGACGAAGAAGAUGUUGGAUCAGGAAAUUCUCAACUACCGAGACGAGGCACAGAAGCAGCGCAAGAUCAUUUUUCAGCUGGAAAAAGAGCGGGACCGCUACAUCAACGAAGCCAGCGAGCUCACACAGAAGGUUUUAUUGAAUAUGGAGGAACUUAAAGUGCGAGAAAUGGAGAUCUUUGAAUACAAGAAGAAGAUCGCUGAGGCGGAGACAAAGCUCAAGCAGCAACAGAACCUCUACGAGGCCAUCAGGGCUGAACGCAACAAUUAUAGCAAGAAUCUGCUUGAUUCUCAGCAUGACAUCACGGAGAUGAAGCGCAAGAUGAAGUCCAUGAGCCAAGAGAAUGGUCAGCUCACAGAAGAGAUCAAGAGCAAAGAGGCAGCACUGGUCAAAGAGCAUCUAGAGUUCCAGCGCAUAGAGAAAGAAAAGGAGGCUCUUAAGGCUGAACUUCAGAAGACAAAGCAGCAGGCCCAAGAGACCAAGCAGUAUAUGGAAAAUCAGGAGGUAGAAGAGCACAGGUUGCUGAAAAUCAUAGCAGACGCUGACGCUGAGAAAGUGCGGCAGAAGAAAGACCUGGAUCAGGUAAUUAGCGAGCGGGACAUUCUCGGGUCUCAGCUGGUGCGGCGGAAUGAUGAACUGGCACUGCUUUAUGAGAAGAUCAAGAUCCAGCAGUCCAUCCUGAACAAGGGCGAGAUCCAGUACAACCAGAGGGUAGAGGACAUCCGCCUGCUCAAGCUGGAGAUCAGGAAGCUGCGGAGGGAGAAGACAGUCCUCAACAAUACUGUGUCCAAUGUGGAAGACCUCAGGCGAGAGGUGUACCACAUGCAAAGGGAUCUGCUUAAGGAGCGAGCAAGGUGUCAGAGCUUGCAAGAAGAACUUGAAAAUCCCAUGAAUGUCCAUCGUUGGAGAAGACUGGAGGCGAGUGACCCGAGCACCUUUGAGCUGAUCCAGAAGAUUCACUCUCUUCAGCGGCGCCUGAUAACCAAAAGCGAGGAGGUAGUGGAGAAAGAGCUUCUGCUCCAGGAGAAGGAGAAGCUGUAUGUGGAGCUGAAGCACAUAUUAGCUCGUCAGCCUGGUCCAGAGGCAGCCGAACAACUUCAGAUCUACCAGCAAACGCUGAAAGAAAAGACCAAACAGCUCAAGGCACUGUCAUCCGAACUCAACAUGUACGAGUCUCAGGCACAGGAGUACAAAUACGAGAUUGAGCGACUGGCUGGCGAGCUACAGAACGUGAAGAAGAAGUAUUUCAUGCAGAAACGCAAGGAGCAGGCAUGCAGGGAAAAAGAAAGGAGUCUGGCGCAGGCUGGGCAACCCCUGAUCAUGCCUCAACGCAUCGAUGGACCCCGUUUUACUGGAGGAGGCUUCAGCCUGAAGCAGGGCAACAAAAUUGCUGCCUGAAACCCCUAAUCUCUCCUCUCCCUCUCUCUCUCUCUCUCCCUCUCUCUCUCUCUCUCUCUGUGAGUCUGGCUGACACACCGGCUGGCUGUUCAAUCUGCGAAAAUAAAUCACACAGUGUAACAUUAUGGUCGAAUGAAAUUAAAAAGCAAAAGCCAUUGUACUCAUUUAUCAAUUGUAAGUAAAGCAGAUGUGUUUGCACUCAUGUUAAUGGCUUUGGUUUGUUUCUUUGGUUUCAUUAGCGGGGUUGUUCUUAGUCAUGGGUUGAAAGAGCAGAAGCACUCUCGCUAUUAAUGAUCUGUUUUUUUUUCAUUUACUUCCACACUUUUUCACUCUUGUAUUGUCUGUUUUUGUCUCCCAUGUUUUUCAUGUGUUUAUCUUCUAGGUUGUUUCUCACUCUCGUUCAUUUUCACCCUUUAUUAUUAUUUUUUUCUUUUUUUUCCCAUCCGUAUUUGCCUGCCUUUAUGACUCUCUAUUUCUGUCUCUACCAGAGCAAAUACUAACAGUAAGGUGAAAGGUGACUGCUGAUGAUGAGUCGACUCUGCUCCUGAACCUCCCAUUCAAUCUCUCUUAAACACCUUCGACAAACAUGAUUAAAUGUCACUCAUUCCCCAGAUACAUGCUGUACAUCGCGUGUAAAUGUAAGUGAGCACGUAUGUUCAUGUCUAAACAUUACCAUGGCCCUAAGGAAAUAAGUCAUCCUUUCUAAGACCCAUGCACGUUUCUUUUUCUUGUAAUCAACAGGCUUUUUUAAAGGAACAACCUCUUUUUUUCUUUUCUUUUAGAAGUUAUGCAAUGUUAAUAUGCUCAUGGACUAGAAACUUGUCAUUAAUAUCAAACCAAAGCCUAUUUCAUGAAAAACAACUCAUGCAAUUCUUAUUUUAUAAUUGUCCAUAUUUUGGACAAUGUAUAUUGCAUGUACUAUUGGUUUUUCAAUGUACCUCACAUGAAUAUGCUUAUGCAUACACAUUCACACUACCUGGACUAGGGUAUUUUUCCUGCAGUCAUUUUUGGGCUGCCCAUUUCCUGUUUUUAUUUUUUAAUUUUUUUUUAUUUAUUUUAUUUUAUUUUUAUUUAAA